AUGCAAUGCAUUGCUGUUGAAAAUGGCGUCGGGCUCGGAGGUGCCAGAAUAUUCGUCCCCAGCAAAACGGCGAAAGGUCGACGGUUACGAUUAUACGUCUAUCAACAGUAUUGAACCAGAUUUCAGAGAUAACGAGAUCGUACAAGACAGAGCUAAUGAAGAUUUUGAAGAAACUUCGGGUACAGACAGCGCAUAUGCUGAGUUAAGCGAUGAAUCCAAGUCUGCUUCCACAUCUUCAGAUGCUACAAAUUUGACAUCUUCAUCUACAGUUGAUUCAACCAGUGACGAUACUGGAUGCCCGAUUGACACUGCAGACGAAAAAGACGAAGUGUCAUCGACUGUAUCAAACUUGUCAGAUUUAUCAGGUUUGUCUGAACUUUCUGGUAACGGAGAAGUUGGUGUUCAGUGUCGAAACGCCUGUUCGUGGGUGCAAAAGCAAAUGUUAACGGGUACAGAUCCACGAGAUCUUUUGCAUCACCUACUCAUGGAUUCCACACAUAUUCCUGAGCAGGUUGAUGACCUGACAUUGUGGAAGAUAAUAAUAAAUAUGAUGUCUGAACCACCACGAAGACAAAAGUUAAGGCAUGUAAAUACAUUAUCCGACGUUGUUAGAUUAAUUCGCAAUAGUAACAAAAUCAUAGUUUUGACGGGCGCCGGUGUUAGUGUAAGUUGUGGUAUACCUGACUUCAGAAGUAGAGAUGGUAUAUAUUCAAGACUUGCUCAAGAUUUCCCAGAUUUACCCGACCCACAGGCUAUGUUCGAUAUCAAUUAUUUUGGCCAAGAUCCCAGACCAUUUUACAAAUUUGCACGUGAAAUAUAUCCAGGACAAUUUAAACCUAGCCCCUGUCAUAGGUUUAUUAAAAUAUUGGACAAACAGAAAAAACUAUUACGAAAUUAUUCGCAAAAUAUCGAUACUUUGGAACAAGUAGCAGGCAUUGAAAACGUGAUAGAAUGCCACGGCUCCUUUGCUACUGCUUCCUGUACAAGGUGUAAAUAUCAAGUUAAAGCAGACGACAUCAGAGAAGACAUUUUUGCCCAAAGAAUACCUUUGUGUCCAAAAUGCAGAGUGAACACCCUACCGUCAAUAGCAGAGACCAACCCCAACGAUAAUUAUAGAGAUCUCGUGUCUCAAGGUAUUAUGAAACCAGAUAUAGUCUUCUUUGGCGAAGGUCUUCCGGAUGCAUUUCACGAUGCCAUGGCUAAAGAUAAGGACGACUGCGACCUUUUAAUUGUUAUUGGAUCAUCAUUAAAGGUUCGACCAGUAGCAUUAAUUCCAUCAUCAAUUCCAUCUCACGUCCCACAAAUUCUCAUCAAUCGGGAGUCUCUACCGCAUCUCAAAUUUGAUGUUGAAUUAUUAGGAGAUGGUGACAUUAUUAUAAAUCAGCUUUGCCAUCUAAUGGGUGAUAGUUACAAAGAAGUAUGUUGGCGUGAAAAAGUCUUAAAAGAGGCAUCUCAACUUUUACCAUCGCGUUGUAUGCCGGAUGAUACGUGGGAACACAGUCAAGAUAUUACCGAUCAUGUAAUAUUACCACAAAGCAGUACAGACGACAUUUUAACGUCACAUAAUAUAUCUUUGGAGAGUCCAAAUAAUUUAAUGAUUAAUCCAAAUCCGAUAGCUCAAUUUGUUCAAAAUACAACAGACGUCUGUGUUUCUUCAACUUUCCAAAUUGAUCGUACAGAACAUGUAGAAGAAACAUAUAACUUAGGCGAAAGUCCGAAGCGAAGAUUAGACAUUUCCAGUAAUGAAAAUAGUCCGAAAAGAAUAAAUCUUGGGUGCCAUUCCGUAAUAAAUUAUGUUGCGUAUAAUAAGGAUACAACAGAAACUAGUGAUCAAACGAUACAAUCUCUAGAAUCUAAGAAUCAUAUUAUAUCCGUGGAAUCAACAUCCGAACAUAAUGGUCAAAUCUAUAACUUAGAAGAAUGUCAAGUGGCACCAAGAUUAAUCGAAUUUCCUUCGAUCAAUACAUUAACAGACAUUACUUUAGAAACAAAUCGAUUUGUCGGCAGUAGGGAAGAAAUAAAAAAAUCUGACGAUGAAUCCACAUUAAUGAAUCAUAUUGGGUUUGAAAAAACCGGUUUUAAACCUCGUCAAACAUCUAUUGAUUCGGCUAUGGAUUCUGGUAUAGGUGAUAGUUGUAACAGCGUUGACAGUUCAGAAGAAAAAGGUGAAAUUGGAGAAUCGAAAUCGAAUGACUUGGAGAGAUAUUGUUGGCCAUCUAAAAUUAGAGAUAGUCUUACUACUAGACUACCAGAUAAUUCAUAUUAUCAAUUGACACCUGGAAGAUAUAUUUUCCCGGGAGCAGAAAUAUAUUCUGAUCCCGAAGAUUAUGAUAGAUAUUCUUUAUCAGCGAAUUCCGAAAGUUUUGAUAGCGAUAGUGAAUCUUCAUCAGGAGAUGAAGAAGAGGAAGAAGAAGAGGAGGAAGAAGAGGAAGAAGAGGAAGAAGAAGAAGGUGAGACAGGAAGGGAGCAGGAAGAAGAGAUACAUGACACUUGUUCCACUAAUAAUCCAAUAGAGAAAGUUAACAAUGAAGUCGAAGACAACAAUGUAAACUGGGCAAGUAAUUCGUAUAGUUGUAUACAACAUUGAACGUGUACAGAUAUGUGGCAGUCAAUUUCAGUCACUGUUACUUUCAAAUGAAUUUUUAGCAGAAUUUGAUGAUAUCGUUGAGUAGUUAAUGUACAGUGCAAUUCUUAUCAACGUAAAAUAAAGCAAUGUUCGAGAUAUACGUUAUCAUACACGGAAUACACACGAAUGAAUUGUGUAGUCUUCUUGCUUGGAAGGUAGAAUUAAGUUAUAUCAAGAGAUAGGGGACAAAAGAUUUUUCCUAUACAAUUCAUUAGACAUGAGAUUAUGGGUACUUGAUCAUAAAGUAAUAUCACCACAGAAUACUGAAAUGUUUAGUUUUUACUCAUGGUUGUAGACUUAAAAAAAAAGAACAAGGUUGAACUUAAUUGACAAUUCUUUUGAAAUUAGAGUUACAUUGUAAAUGAUGUAACAUAUUUCACAAUUUUAGCAUAUACAUCCAAUGAUUUACAGAGUGUAUAUACAUUUCUAUCGUAUAUUACUCUGUAAUAUCGUUUAUAAUGCAUUCAUAAAGUUUAAUUAAUUAAAUAAAAUAGAGAAAACUUUUGAACAUCGGAAGAAAUCGUUGUUUAGAAUUUUUACUUAUAGAUUCUAUAAAUUGCACUCAGGAGUUUCUUUAUAAAAACUGCAAUAUGAUUGAACAAAACUUUAUAUUGUGAAAUAAUUUGGUAAAGGAAUAGAAAAAAAUAAUAGCUAAUCUUCAUGGAAAUGAUAAGUAUUAUAUCGUCAUAAAUUGAAAAUUACUUAAACCCAUCAAUCGAUUUUUACAAAUUGAAAGCAUUUUUCUUCAAAUAAGAAAAGAAGUCGCAUUUCUCAUGACGGUCUCCGUGUAUCGUAUUUGAUAAUAUUCGAGAUGAAAUGACGUAAUAUAUUACAUCAGCAUAGGCAUACCAAUGUAACUCGAACUCACAAAUACGUUAUAUAUUCGAGAAAUCCCAAAUUAUUUUAUAAGUAUACAGAAAUCCUCUAUCGUAUUAUUAUUAUUAUUAUUAU